AUGUUCAAGUACAAGACCAGCUGCUACCAUGCCGAAACCCGCAAUCAUAAACGGGAGGAAAACUUGACUGCCAACGGUAUACCAUUGUUCCGGAUUCCUAGUUGUAUUCUUAUGUACAGAUAUUACGGUUUUUGUUUUAUCAUUUUGCACAGAAUUCUCUAUGGAAAACAAAACAAUGAUCUAUUUCUUGUUGAAAUCUUCUUUCAAUUUUCUUCUUUGCACCGGACUGAUCAAAAAGAAAAUACCUUUUUCAUAAGCAGCUGGCGGCACGACUUUUCAUUGAUUGGCUCAUAUGGUUCAUCCAAUCAGAUCUCCGAAUAUUUCACAAUGUCUGCACUGAAUGGUAAUAAACCAAUUUGGAUACGUGACAGUGAACAUGGAUUUUUACUUGGAAAAAUAAGUGAUAUUGGUUCAGAUACUCUUACCAUACAGUUAAUUGAUACUCGAAAAACCGUUGUUUUACCAUAUGAUUCGGUAUUUCAAGCAGAAGAAUACGAUAAAGAUGUCGACGAUAACUGCGCACUCAUGUACCUUAAUGAAGCAACACUUCUGAAUAACGUUCGUCGUCGUUACAAAACGGAUCGCAUAUAUACUUAUGUAGCAAAUAUUUUAAUAGCUAUUAAUCCGUAUAAAGAAUUACUGAGCCUUUACUCUGGUAACACAAUAAAACAAUAUAAUGGCAAGUCAUUAGGUACAAUGCCACCACAUGUUUACGCAAUUGGUGAUAAAGCCUAUCGAGAUAUGCGAACGAUUAAACAAAGUCAAUCAAUAAUUAUAUCAGGCGAAUCAGGAGCCGGUAAAACAGAAUCAGCGAAAUACGUUUUGCAAUAUCUGACCGAAUCGUAUGGUGCUCACAAUGGUCAAAUUGAAGAUCGUAUAAAUAAAUCUAAUCCAUUAUUAGAAGCAUUUGGCAAUGCUAAAACAACACGCAAUAACAAUUCCAGUCGAUUUGGUAAAUUCAUCGAAGUGCAUUUCAAUGAGAAGCAUCAAGUGGUCGGAGGUUACAUAUCGCAUUAUCUAUUGGAAAAGUCGCGUAUAUGUGUUCAAUCAAAAGAUGAACGAAACUAUCACAUCUUCUAUCGUCUAUGUGCUGGUGCGCCGGAGAGCAUUCGUAGUGCUUUACGAUUGGCAUCGCCUGAUAGUUAUCAUUAUUUAAAUCGAGGUUGUACACAAUAUUUCUGUAACAAUCAAACGGAGAAAUUUUUAUCGAAAAAUCGUCGGAGUCAAGAUUUCGUAGCCAAAGGUGCACUACGUGACCCGCAAUUAGAUGAUGUUAAUGAUUUCAACGAAUGCGAUCAAUCCAUGAGUCAAAUGGGUUUGACAGAACAAGACAAGCUAAACAUCUAUAGUACUGUGGCAGCUGUUUUGCACCUUGGAAAUAUUAAUUUCGAAGAUGAUCCCGAGAGUACCAAAGGCGGUUGCAAGAUAACAAGAACAACUGAACAAUCGUUAAUGAUCACAGGUGAAAUGCUUGGCUUGGAUCAACGAGAUUUACGCAACGCGUUGAUUACAAGAAUUUUAAUGACGAAAACAACGAGUAGUAUGAAAGGAACUGUGAUACCGGUUCCAUUGAAAGUUCACGAAGCACAAAAUGCACGUGACGCAUUGGCCAAAGCAAUUUAUGUGCGAUUAUUCGAUCAAAUCGUCAUGUUUGUCAAUAAAUCUAUUCCAUUCAGUUCAUCUUCAUCUUAUAUUGGCAUUCUUGACAUUGCUGGUUUUGAAUAUUUUCCAAUAAAUUCCUUCGAACAAUUCUGUAUCAAUUAUUGUAAUGAAAAAUUACAACAAUUCUUCAACGAACGCAUUCUCAAAGAAGAACAAUUACUAUACGAUAAAGAAGGUCUCGGCUUGAAAAAGAUCAGUUACAUCGAUAAUCAAGAUUGUAUCGACUUGAUCGAAGCAAAAACGACUGGUUGUUUCGAUCUGCUGGAUGAAGAAAGUAAACUACCAACGCCGCGAACCGAGCAUUUCACUAUGGAAGUGCACAAUCGUAAUAAAGGACACCCGAGACUCGAUUUCCCGAGAAAAUCAAAGUUACGUGUGUCACGUGAAACACGAGAUGAUGAAGGCUUCUUGAUCCAACACUUUGCUGGUAGUGUGGUUUAUUCAACCUCGCAAUUCAUCGAGAAAAACAAUGAUUCAUUACAUGCAUCACUUCUAAUACUCAUUCAAGAAUGUAAAAAUCCAUUUAUCAAAAACUUAUUUCCAAAAACAGCCGAGCGUGAACAAUCGGCUGGAAAAUUAAAUUUCAUCUCGGUCGGUUCGAAAUUUCGUUCACAAUUAGCUGAUCUUAUGAAUAAACUACGAAAUACUGGUAUUAGUUUCAUUCGUUGUAUCAAACCGAAUCUUCGCAUGGUCCCAAACCUAUUCGAAGGUGGACAAAUUCUAAGUCAAUUACAAUGUAGCGGUAUGGUAUCAGUGUUGGAUUUAAUGCAACAGGGAUUUCCAUCGCGCACGCCGUUCGCGGAAUUAUAUGCUAUGUAUAAAUCCUAUUUGCCAAAAGAAUUAGCACGACUGGAUCCGCGAUUAUUUUGUAAAGCGUUGUUUAAAGCUUUGAAUCUUCGGGAUAGCGAUUUUAAAUUUGGCUUAACGAAAGUAUUUUUUCGCCCGGGCAAAUUUGCCGAAUUCGAUGAACUGAUGAAAUCUGAUCCGAAAAAUCUGGCAAUUCUUAUAAAUAAAGUGAAAAAAUGGCUCCUGUGGACACGCUGGAAAAAAGCACAAUGGUGUGUCCUAUCCGUCAUCAAACUUAAAAACAAAAUCAUCUAUCGACGUCAAUGUUUAAUCAACAUUCAAAGUCAUAUUCGCAUGCAUUUAGUGUAUAGACGCUAUGCACCUCGAAUUCGGGGUUUGGUUAAAGUCAAAGCCUUACACGAACAAGUGGCAUCUAUGGAAAAAAUUGUUGGACAAAUGAAAGUCAACAAAGAACAAGUUUCGAAACAAGUACAACAAUUACGUCAACGAGUUGAUCAAUUAACCAACGAAAUAACUAACACAUCUAUAUCAGCUGUACGGAUUGAUAGUGCGUAUAACGAUCUUGUCACUUCAAUUGAUCGAGAAUUUCGGCGACUAAAACAAGUGCUUGCUGAACAAGAAAUCAAAGAAGAGGAAGAACGAUUAAAGAAAAUCCAAAUGGAACUUGAAAGUGAAAAAAGGAAAAAACUAGCGGAAGAAAAACGCAUCGAGGAAGAAAAAGAAGAAUCUCGACAACGAACGGCUAUUGCACAGCGUCUAAAAGAAGAACAAUCGAAAGGAAAGUUGACAGCCGAAGAAACUAAGCGUCAGAAAGAACGGCAAACAAAAGAAUCGGAUGAAGAAGCACGUCUGGCCGAAAUGAAUGAACGUGAACGUCGUGAUUAUGAUCUAGCACGACGUCUCGCUUUAGAAACAGGUGGUGAAGCUGAUUUACCGCAUUUACAACGAACGCGUCGUCCUGCUGUGACCUCCAAGUACGAUUUAAGUAAACGAACGUAUGCACAACUACGUGAUUUGAUCAAUACAUCUUGUGACUUGGAAUUACUCGAAGCUUGUCGAGAAGAAUUCCAUCGACGUUUGAAAGUUUAUCAUGCAUGGAAAUCAAAAAAUCGCAAAGGAAAGAAUCCCUCAGCAGCAGAUGAUAAGCACGAUGAUGCCGAUGAGGAACGCGCACCAAAAGAUAUUUUAAAUAACUCCGUUCCAAAUUCGACGAUACCAUCAGCUGCUGCCUCGACGGCAUCAAGUACAACUGCCAUGCGAAGACCUCAAGCAACAGCAAGUGCAAAUUCGAAAAAAGGCGGUGGUACUAGUGAGUCUUCUGAGCAACGCUAUUUUCGUAUACCAUUUAUUCGUCCUAAUGAUCAAAACCGCGAUGGUAAUACUGAACAAAAGAAGAAAGGCUGGUGGUACGCUCAUUUUGACGACAAAUGGAUCGCUCGUCAAAUGGAAAUUCAUCCUAAUAAAGAAGCUGUGCUUCUUGUCGCAGGUGUUGAUGACAUGAAUAUGUGUGAAUUGAGUUUAGAUGAAACAGGCUUGGCAUCGAAGAAAGGUGCCGAAAUUCUCGAAAGUGAUUUCGAACAAGAAUGGCUCAAACAUGGUGGACGAAAAUAUCUAGAGUCGAAUUUCUCGCAAAUUAGUUCAAAAUAUGUCGUCAAAUUGCUUCAAACUUAUAAAUAA